UUGAUUGUUGUUUUCAGAAAGAUAGAACCAAUAAAAAUGGUGCGAGAAACGAAGACUCUAGGAGAAGGUAUCCCUGCCACCGCAGACCCUACAAAAUUACCUAACGUCAAAAAUAUAGCUAAUCAUGAUUCUACAAGACAAAUAACCGACUUAGAGCUUGCAGAUAUUGUGGAGAAGGUGGCGUGUCAAUCAAACAGUCAUUUGUUUUAUCAUAAAAUGCAAACUCUCCUGGGUCGUGAUGUAGCCAACACGUUAGACACCAAGGGUAACCGACUGGAACAGCCGAGGUCAAAAACCUUCUACCACAUGAUCAUGACCUACAGAGGGCGAAAACAAUUUGGAUUGUUAGAAGUGGGGGAAGUGGUUAAAAUGUUACAUUCAAUAAAUAUGUCGAAGAUUGCAGAGAAGAUAGAACCUUGAAAGAAAUCCUGGAAUUUUAACAAAACUCAAUUUAUCGCACAUUUUAAAAACAUUUCAUACUAAACUCAUCAAUGUAACUUGUGCAGAAGCACAAGAUUUGUAGAUCAACAUGGACUAACUUAUAAAUGUAAUGGAGCGAUCAACAUUAAUGUGUACACAAUAUUUUUUUAAUGUUAUGGCAAUGUAAUCGAUUGACAUGUAUGAAUUUUUUUUGGUAACUUGUCAUUUGCUUUUGUCCUAUGAUUUGUGUAUAAAGUGGUAAUAAAACAAUGUUUGAGUAUAAAA